UAACUAUGAAGAUCCUGCUAUUUUGCCUGCUGGGCCUCCUGCAACCUCUUCAGGCCGUCGACUCCAACUUCAAAAAUAAUAUCGGCAAGUUAGUGUCAGGAAAAGACACAUCAGAACAAUAUGAGAACUUCAAAAGACAGCACAUAUUUGAAAACAUGGAUCCAGAAAACUGCAAUUCGGUGAUUGAAGACAAUCGUAUCCGAUAUCCUAACAAUAAAUGCAAGCAGAGAAACACGUUUAUUUCUGCUAAUGAGGAGAAUGUAAAAUCUGUUUGUAAAGGUCAAAACAAUAAUAUUAAGGGAGGGGUUCUCACAGUGAGUAAAGGAAAGUUUGAUCUUGUUGUUUGUGACAUUCUCGAUAAAAAUAGCUUUUACCCCAAUUGUGUCUAUAAGGGAAGUAAUUCCACUAACAUGCACAUUAAAGUAAGCUGCAAAGGUGGUCUACCUGUGCACUAUGAAGGAGACACCACGUCUAAAGAAGGAGGAGACCAUGUAUAAAGAACG